UUUACCUCAUAACUGCAGUAGCAUUUCAAGUAAAUCACCUGACACUUAUAGUGGGAGUGGUUUGUGAUGUAUCCUGUUUAUGGCCAGAUAAAAGUACGGUCGUUGUACAAGAGGAUUGGUGUUAUGUUUAGAUCCCUAUCUAAAACCUGACGCAUUAUAACCUGACUGAAAAGGAGCUUUUGAAUUUCUAAAGGAAAAAAGGUUUCAGCAACACCAGCUGCGUUCUGCUUCUGUUUAGAAACACCAUGGCAGAGUGUACGAAUUCUUCUCUUGAGAAUGAAGACUCAGUGAAAGAACAACUAAAUAAAAUCAAAAGAGAGAGCAGAUCAAUAGAAGGAUACAUCACCAGAUAUAUUCUAAACACCAGGACUGUAACUGAUGACAAAAAGGUGAAUAGAGUGGCAAUUGGAGUAAAACAGAAGAACAAACCCCAUAAAACCAUAUUAUUAGUUGGAGAAACAGGAACAGGAAAGUCGACUCUCAUCAAUACCAUGGUCAACUACAUGCUUGGUGUUGAGAGUAAAGACAGAAUGUGGUUUGAGGUCAUAGAGACAGAAGACGACCAAACUGUUUCUCAGACUCACGCAGUCACAGUGUAUGAUGUGUUUACUAAACACUGCCCGUUCUCUCUGACCGUCAUCGACACUCCUGGGUUUGGAAACACAGAAGGUAAAAAGGAGGAUUUAAACGUUGCUGAAAGUUUACUUGCAUUAUUCAAAUCUAACGAUGGAGUUCAUGAAAUUGAUGCAGUUUGCCUUGUGAUGACAUCCAGCACCGCUCGAGUCAUUGAAUGGCAUCAGUAUGUUUUCAAUGCAGUUCUCUCCUUAUUUGGCAAUGAUGUGGAGAAAAACAUUGUCCUGUUCAUCACACAUGCUGCCAAAAAGCCUAAUAAUACUAUUAAGUUUGCAAAGAAAUUUAAAAUCCCAUGUGCUCUGACUGCUAAAGGAGAGCCGAUGUAUUACAGAUUCGACAACAGUCACUGUGAAAACUUUAAUGAUGAGGAAAUAUCAGAUGAUUAUCAAGCUUCAUGGAAUCUGUUGAACACAACUAUGGAGAACUUUCUGUCCUUUCUGAAAGAAAGUAAACCCAUAAGUGUAAAGAUGACAGUAGCAGUGCUGAGAAGCCGCAAACAACUGACUGCAUCCAUCCUCAAUAUAAAGGAUAAGAUCAUAUACACAGAACAGAAACAGAAAGAGCUCGAGCAGACAAAAGAGGCUUUACAGGAACAUGAGAAAGAAAUAAGAGACAAUGAUAACUUUGAAUAUGAAGUAGAUGAGGUCUAUAAAGUAAAAGAACCACUAGAAUACAAGUGGUGGCACUUUGGAUGGAAAGAAGCUACUUGUUGUAGCAUCUGUGAGGAGAACUGUCAUUACCCAGGAUGCUGGUGGGUCAGAGAUCUCUCCCGGUGUAGUGUCAUGGAUGAAGGGAAGUGCACAGUGUGUACUGGAAGGUGUCACUACACUGAUCAUGUUAAAGAGGGAAAAAAAUAUGUGUCAAAGACAAGAAGGGUCAAGAAGACUAAGGAAGAUCUAAAAAUGAAAUACAUGAUGAAGUCUGAUGAGAUGAAGAGCUUGAUGAGUCAAAUAGAGAAUGACAUGAAAGAAAUGGAAAAAGAGAAGAUCAGACUGGUGGAAGAGUGUUAUCAACAUGUGGUUAAACUGGAGGAGAUUGCCCUGAAGAGGGGCUCUGUGUUUACACUGGAACAUCUGGACUUUCUGAUUGAGAAAGUGAGAGAAACAGGAAAGCCAGAGCAAGUGCAGAAACUUCAAGAUAUAAAACACAGAGCUGAUAAUGUACAGUUGCAUGCAACAAAUGAUUACUGGCCAAUGCCAGACUAGUGGAUGCACAAACAUAAUGGUGAGAACAGAUGUUUGUGAGUUUCUAAAGUAGAAUUAUCUGAUAAUUGUUCAUCUAAUAAUUAUUAAUAUCAGGAUAAAAGUAAAUUUAAAUGAUGUAAGGUAAUGAACUUUAAUGUACACUCUCCAUCUGUUUUAAUUCAUCAGAGCCUAAACAAUAACUGCAUGGUCCUCACCAACUUCAAUAAAUAAAAAUCAUAUUUGCCACCUUUCAAAGCAUUGCAAGACAUCACACUUCCACUUUGCUUUACAGAUAACACCAGCACUCCUCCAUCAUUUUCUGAUUUGUUCUGCACCUUAAAAUUAUAUUUCUCUGUGAUCAAGACAUCUCAAACACCUCAAAAUGUCCAUAACAUUUUUCCCCACUUAUCCUCUGUCCGUUGUUUGUAUUCUUCUGAACAUUUUAUAUAUGAUGAACUAAACAAUGUACUUUAUGUGCCAUUGGAACACAGGAGUGAUGGAUGCUAAAAUGGACAUUUGAAUGCCUGUGUAGGAAGUCCAUUAUAAAUCAGCUCUUCAGAUAUAAUAGUCUUUUAAAUCACCAACAAUGUCUAACCUGUAUUUCUGAUUCUUUACUUUUAAAAAUAAUUAUUUUCUUCUUGUUUAGUUUGCUUUUAAUGUCACUUCUGUAACUGCUACUGUUUGCAAAAGCCUCAUGUGGUCUGUAGGGCUUUAAGAAUAAGCUUUGUUUAUUAUUAUUAUUAUUAUUAUUAUUAUUAUUGUUGUUGUUGUUGUUGAUGUGUUUGUGCAGUCUAAUAUAAUUUUCAUUCAGUGUUGAGAGAAUUGACUUGCAGGAGACCAAAAGGAUAGUGGAAUUUAUGUUAGUAAUUUCUAGUGUAAAAUAGAAAUAAAAUUAUAAUAAUCCAUAAAGACAUUUGACAAUUGUUCAGCUUUGAUCAAUAAAAUGUAAAUAUUUUAAUUUGUCAAAUGUGGUGAAUUUUAUAGCAGAAGAAUAUUUAAAAGUAUUUCAAUGAUGGCAAUUUAUAGGGUUUUCUUUAAAUGUAGAAUUAAAAAGAUUGCUGGAGUAUUGUAAAGACUACAAAUCUCCAUUUCCAACAAAAGCCAUUUUCCCCCAUCCCCGUUUGUACGUGGGAAGACACAAAGGAGUCAAGAAAACAAAGGAAGAUCUGAAAAAGAAAUAUGAGAGAGUGCAGAGAGAUAAAGAGCUUGAUAUAAAUCAGUGUGUUGUUACACUGGAUGAAAUCAUUAUUAAAGAGAGACUGUCUUAAGAACUUGGAUUUCUUGAUUGAGUAGAUGAUGGGGGGAAAACAAUUUAUAAAAAAAAAAAACAAAAAAAAAAAAACAGAGGAAAACAGUUUAAGUUGAAAACUAGAACCUGCUAGAAUUUCUAAGAAUUUGCCAUUGAAUAAAAAAGAAAAUGUUGCUGUAAAGUUUCAUGAUUCAAAAACAAAAAGAUUCUUCCUGAAUCACUUGAUUACCGUUAUUAUGCUUGCACUAAGGAAAAGGUCAUUGAGAAGUGAAAGACUUUCUAGUGUAAAAUAGAGCUGUUGUAAAAAUCUGAUUAGAAUCAGCAGAUUAAUAAACAGUGUGCAUGUAUGUGUGCAUAGAAGAAGAGUUCUAAUCAUUCAGCAGUGGGAACUACUUCUGGUCUGGAGGUGUGAAGUCCAUGGUAUCAUUAAGCAAGUACACAAUUUACAAGAUUCUGUGCUGAGACUGAAAUAGAUCAAAAGGUUUCCGAAACAGAGGACAAUGUUUUUAAAUCAAUAAACUUUCACUGGAAUAAAAGGAGGAGCAGCUUGGUUUAUCAUUUUCUGUAAGACAUGUGUCAUUAUUGCUCUCCACACACCUGCCAUAUGCACCUGCUCUGUCCAUAACAGUGGUGUUGAAUCAGUGCUGUUAAAGGUGAGGUCUCCGUUUUUGAAAGCCAAUGUUGACAUAAAAUCACCAAAACAAACACGCCCCUAACCCAAACGGGUCCCACCCCUGUAUUGAUAGCUCCACCCACACAU